ACCUCCGCUCGCGGUUGCCAUGGAGACCCGGUCCGGGAGCAGUCGACUGCCAGAGACUCGGGAGGCUGAGCUUUCCUCGGCCUGAGCCAGCCAGCCAGACCCCGGGCCCCGCGCUCACCCCUCUCCGCUGCCACGUCCGCGAAGGCCUCACGCGCGAGGCCAGGCGAGGCUCCGAGGCGCCCACCACUUCACGACACCGGAGCGAACCGGGCGCCAGAGGCUGCGACCCCCCUGCCCCGAAUCCGGCCGGUGGGAGUGGCUGCAUUUGAACCAAACGGCCUUCGCGGGCAGCAGCCGUCGCCCCGCAGUCCCGGGGCUCCCAAGGGCCUGUGACCGACGCCGCCCUCCGCGUCUUCGUCCCCGAAGCCCCGGGAACCAUCCGCCCUCGGGAGACCAUGCUGCAGAUGCGAGGAAAGCCGUUUCCUGGAACAUCGGAAUUCUAACCCCAGGGUGAAGGACUCACGACAGGCGAGGGGCAGACAUGCUGAACUCCACGGGCGAACUGGAGUUUUCGAACGAAGAAGAUCCCGAGAUCAUCUCCCAACUCACUUCCCUGCCUCUGUCCGAUGGGAAAAGCUCAGCUGGUGUACCCGAAAAAACGGGCUAUCCGGACUCUGUUUAUGUCAUGGCAGCCAACAUUUUUCAGGGUAUUCGAAUCGAAAAGUCGGCACAGAAAGUCUUAAUCAAGUAUGGGAAUGAACCCCUGCGGUCCUUGUCCGAGUCUGAGGAUCAGUCCUUUCAGCGUUUGUCUUAUGAGCUGGCUUUCAGUGCCCUGAAAUAUCAAGAUAUUUUGGAAACUAUAUUGAUAGACAGCCGUAUCUUCCCAAGUACCACAAUACCAGAUCAUUUGAGCAGUCUUAUUAUUGUGAUGCUAUAUGAUUUCCAAGAUCGAAAAUUUCAAACUCGUGUCCUUUCUGAUAAUGAAGAGCCCAUAUCAGAAGUUCAAGAAGUAGAGAACCUUCUUAACAGUUUUAAGAUAAAAUUGGCUGCAGCAUUGGCAAGAUGUCGAAUCAAGCAUGAUGCCCUUUCAAUUUACCACAUCCUUCCAGAAACAGUUAGGAAACAGGAACUAAGGGCCUCCACUUUACCACUUUAUGCUUGGAUAAAUACUUGUAAAAUCAGCCCUGAAGAAGUUUAUAAUAAUUUGAAGAGAAGAGGCUAUAAUAAAGUCAAAUCUGUAUUGCAUAUUGAUGAUAAAGUCUUUGCUGUGGAUCAACAUUGCUAUGAUGUCUUAAUUUUUCCAUCUCAUCUUAAAAAUGAUCUUAUAAAUAUAGAUCUUUUCAAAGAUUACAAACUUAUAUUUCAGGACAAAUCUCGAAGUCUUGCUGUCCAUUCUGUAAAGGCUUUAUUAAAUAUGGAUGAUGAUAUCUUAAUGGUCAAUACAGGUUCAUGGUACACAGUUGCCCACAUGUCAAUUUUAACAAAUAAUAAUACCUCAAAAGUAUUUGUGUGUGGAGUACAAUCACAAGCUAAGGAUCCUGACUUGAAGACCCUUUUCACAAAAAUAGGAUGUAAAAAUAUUGAAAUACUUCAUGAGACAUUUAUUAACAUUGAAUCAAAGGAUCACAGGUUACAGAAAGUUAAAGUGAUUUUGCUGCUACCUCGUUGUUCAGGACUGGGUGUUAGUAAUCCAGUAGAAUUUAUUUUAAAUGAACAUGAAGAUACAGAAUUCCUUAAAGAUCACUCUCAAGGAGGCAUCUCAGUGGACAAACUUCACGUUCUUGCUCAACAGCAGUAUGAACAGCUAACACAUGCAAUGAAAUUUACUAAAGCUCAAGCAGUUGUUUACUGCACAUGUUCAGUUUUUCCAGAAGAAAAUGAAGCUGUUGUUAAGAAAGCACUGGAAUUUCAAGACCUUGGGAAUAAAGGACAACCUUACAGGCUUAGUCCUCCUGUUCUUCCACUGUGCUCCUUAAAGGAAAUUCGAUUGUCUACUGAUAAAUUUUUCAGAAUGGAACCAUCUGAAAUUACCAAUGGUUGUUUUCUUUCUAUUUUAACAAGGGAGCGGGACCCUUCUGAGACAGUGUCUGUGAAUGAUGUUUUGGCCCGAGCUGCAGCCAAGGGUCUGCUGGAUGGGAUUGAGUUGGGUAAAUCAUCAAAACGGGAGAAGAAGAAGAAAAAAUCAAAAACAUCAUUGACAAAAGGUGCCACUACUGAUAAUGGCAUCCAAAUGAAAAUUGCUGAGUUCCUGAAUCGAGAAACUAAAGCCAGUGCUAAUCUAUCAGAGACUGUAACAAAACCACCUCUUCCCCAGAAAAAUACUGCUCAAGUGGGGGCUUCCUCACAGACCAGAAAACCCAACAAGCUGGCCCCCCAUCCUGCAGUGCCUACAUUUGUGAAGAACACUUGUCCCUCCAGACCGCGUGAACGGCAGACACACUUCUUAAGACCUCGGCCAGAAGACAGAAUGGUUGCUCUGAAACCCAUCGAGAUUGUUCUGCCUCCAGUCUUUAUGCCAUUUUCAAGUCCCCAAGGGAUCAGAUCUCGGAUGCCAACUCAACAUUUGUACUGUCGUUGGGUUGCACCCAAGGCACUUGUGCCCACCUGCCUUCCCACACACUCACUAUCCAGAAAAGAGGAAAAGCCUAAAGAUGACACACCUUCCUCCCUACUCAGGCCUCCUCGGCAAUGGCUUUGAUUGUCUUGUGUUUUUUAUAGGGGCCAAAGAGCAGUUGAUUUUUUUUCAAAGUCUAGUAUUUCUCUGAAGAUUCUACAUCUCUACACAAGAUAUUCAUUCUUUUCGUCACCUAGGGAUCUUCUAAGUGUGAUAUUACUUUCAGAGAAUUCAGACAAGUGAGAAACAAUAAUGUAGGAGUCAGCAAAGCAGAAUUCAGAGACUUCAGCCAAUCACUGCUGCUCUGAGAGGAUCCAGUUGGAGACUCAGUAUCAGCGGUCAGAACUUAUCUCACUCCUGUGAACUUUCAGGCUGGACUUAAAGCUGCCAAGUUUCCCCUGCAGGGAAGGAAACACUGCCUCCCUUCAGCAGGUAGCUCAUUAGAAAGCCAAACAGGCAAACGAUCCUGGCCUCUCCCGCCAGCUGACUGCUCUUCAGCAUCCAUGCGGUUGUAGUCGUGACUUUCUCAGUCACCAUCAAGGGUGAUUUUUUCUUAAAUAUCAAGUUGUUCUUUGAACAGGGAAUGAACAUGAGUUUUUGUAACGUGACUGAGGUUGAGUUUAAGUAGGAAGCGCAGGAAGUUCCCAAGUGCCAGCCAGGUGUGUGUAGCUCAGAGUUCCUUUUACAGUGAGGUGUCUCUCACUGGGGGAGCUUCCGGGAUCCUGAGCAGACUGGACACAAUCAUCUCUCCCUUCCUCUAUGUCAAGCACUGUUACAAAAGACUGUGAGCAAAUUUCCAUCUAAAUAUUAAUAAUUCUGAAGAAGAGGCAAAACUGUUGAAUGCAAGCGAUACCUAUUGUUGAAGAAACCCACAAAUUUCUGAUUCUAAGAUCAGGGGAUACAACAAAAUCUACAAGUCAGUCAUUUCAAAUAGCACAUAGGAAUCAAACUUUGGUAAAUCAUUUCUGAGGCACAAUUAAAUAUAUUGUAGCACUAUGUUAAUUAUAUUAAAUGUUGAUUCAUCUUGAAUGUAUUCUCAAUUGCCUACCAAGAAUUGGUAUGAUUAUCAUUUCUGGGUCUACUGAUUUUUCAUCAUGGCAACAGAAAUUGUCAUUAAAUAGAAUAAGAUACAACUAUAUAUCUUAUUAUUUAAAAACAUUCAUAGACAUAUUCAUAAAGUUUGAAUUUAAAGUUUUAUUUUUGCAAUUCAGUUGUAUGGAAAUGUUAUGUAAAUUUCUAAAUGCUCAAUUCAGGUGGCAUGAUUUUUAGAAUAUUAUCUUCUUCAAGAUGAAUACUUAGGUCUACUUCAGCUCUGAUAUUCUAUUUUUACUUUCUUACUUGAAGUGAGAAAAGAGAAUGGUGAAUUGUAUUAUAGCGGUAAUACAUUAUUUUUAUUUUAGCUUAGAUUUACAUUUAUCAGUAAAACGUGUCAGUGGGCUGGGUGCAGUGGCUCACAUCUGUAAUCUCAGCAGUUUGGGAGGCUGAGGUGGGCACACCACUUGAGCACCAGAGUUCCAGACAAGCCUGGACAACAUGGAGAAACCCCAAAACCCCAUCUGUACAAAAAAUACAAAAAUUAGCUGGGUGUGGUGGGACACGCCUGUAGUCCCAGCUACUUAGGAGGCUGAGGUACGAGGAUCUCUUGAGUCCAGAAGGUGCAGGUUGCAGUGAGCCAAGAUUGCCCCACUGCACUCCAGCCUGGGAAGCAGAGUGAGACCUUGCCUCAAAAAAAAAAAAAAAAAAGUGUCAAUGAAGAAAGGAAACAAGACUUUUUAUAUUUAAACCAGGCUUAUUGUAUUUUAAAUCCCUAAAGAAUUCUUCAUGUUAUCACUCUUGUACAGAAAGAUAUAAAGUGCUCAGCUUAUUUUGCUGAUUUUGAAAAUCAAACACUAUCUCCUUGCCCUUAAAUUAUAGCGUGUGGCUCAUCCUGUUAUCCCACCCAGAUUUCUAUCUGGUUAGGGUAGUCCAUGCCUCAAGGAAGGCGCUGCAGCUUAAUUUAACACUGUUCAGUAAAGAAUCCCAUUGUAUAUCAUAAGAAUCCCUUAUCCUUUUCGGGCCCUCCCCCAUACCAGACUGAAAAGUAUUCCAUUGUCUGGAAGUAGCUGGUCUGAGAUUUUUAUUUUCAAGUGUAUUUUCUGUGAUGUUGUCUCAUUGUUAUGGAAUAGUUUAGGAUAAUUUUCUGAUCUCUACAGUAGCAUGUGAAGUCACAAUUUGUUGCCACUUACAUUGAUUAUCUCCUAACAUACAUUUGGCACUAAAUUAUUUUUCUCUUUAGAAGUAUAUGAAGAUUCUGAAUUAAACCAUUCAUUAAUUACACUGCAGUUUUCUUCUCUGAGAAUCUUCUAUGAAGGACAGGAUCAAUUAUUUAAAUACUUUGGUAGAGUGAAAAGGGAAAAGAAUUUUGGAUAAAAGCAAUAUGAGGCCGGACAUGGUGGCUCACAUACUUUGGGAGGUUGGGGCGGGCGGAUCACCUGAGGUCAGGAGUUCGAGACCAGCCUGGCCAACGUGGCAAAACCCUGUCUCUACUAAAAAUAUACAAAUUGGCCGGGCGUGGCGGUGCAUGCCUGUAAUCCCAGCUACUCAGGAGGCUGAGGCACGAGAAUUGCUUGAACUCGGGAGGUGGAGGUUGUGGUGAGCUGAAAUUACACCACUGCACUCCAGCCUAGGCCAGAGUAAGACUCUGUCUGAAAAAGAAAAAAAAAAAAAGCAAUAUGAGGGAAUUCUAACGAAGGAGAAUAUUGAUUACACUGACAUGUUUCAUCUGGCAUUUUACAUUCUUGGACUUUAGAUAAAAGUGCUGCAAAAUUCUAAAUAAUGAAAUUGCUAGUAUUCAGAUACUCCAAUAGCAAACUUAUAUUUUUAAUCUGAAAUUAUUUACCACCAUAUAAUGCCUGAAACCAUAAUGAAAUUUUCUUCGUUACUGCCUAGAGAGAAACCGCUGUGGAAGUGCAAGAUGAACAAAAAGCGGGGACAUACUUUAAAUUGUUUAUCUGCCUUCCUGCGCCUAACAGUUAAGCUAAACCAGAUUCAACUGAUUUGUCUAGUUACCUUUCAUUUUGGAUUUAGUGUGUGUACACCUCUAUUCUUUAUUCUUUGAUGUCAGGUUCUUAAAGGAAGUGAUAAACUUCUUCGUGCUAAAAUAUCACAAUCCUAGCAAGACCGCUUACAAAAGACUCGAGGUGGUGACUAAACAGGCUUCUAUGUCCGGAAGGCCAGCUGGCCUUCCUGAUCACCAAAUAAGUACAGGGGGAUUACUCAAAAUUUGAAGUUACUUCCUAGUUCUUCUUACCAGGCAGAAAUAUGUAGUAACUAAUCAAAGCAAAAUGCUCCAUUACUAAAGUGAUUUCUAAGAAGUCUGAGGUAAGAAUAAUUUAAAAAUAACUAGAGACACUGAGCUUCUAUUUCUAUUCCUUGUAUAUGUGACUAAGAUGUCAGAUAAAUGAGCCAAACGUUUUAUGCAGCUAAAUUUAUUCUCACAACAAAUUACAUUUAAAUGUGUAAAAGUGGUCAACAGGAAAAGGGCAUAAAGGAAAACCAAGCGUUCUUUCAGGGGAAGUAAGCUGCUCUGGAGGCCAGGAACUACUGCUUGCGUUGACACGGUGUGAGUGGGUAUCUUUGCCCUGAAGCUGAAGUUAAACUUUCUACUGGCCGUGUGGCACACGUUGGAUGUGUAUUAGGUUAAGCCUGGCCAACUAGAGAGCGAAGGGGCUUAUUAGUUAAAUUGUGCUAAUAUCAGUUAGGAAAAUGCUGUCAUGUUGUGGUGAAAUCUUGAGUUUGUGUUGCAAUGCCUGGGACAUGAACGGGCCAUACAAACGGAGGAAAGCUCUGGGGCUUCCAGGCAAUGGCCUUGUGUCGAGUCAUCUUACAAGUGUCCAUCUUGAAAUCAUAAAGUGGAUUUAAAAAGAAGUAGCAGUGCCACAGUUUAUCACCAAGAACUUAUUUUAAUGGAAAUGGGUCUAAUGUCCCUUCAUGCAACAAGACAGGUGAACAAAAAACAAUGGUCCUAAUUAGCUAUGAGUGAUCUUGUAUCCAGAUGGAAACAAAGGGCAUGUGUACAUGUAUAUAUCUCUUAGAUGAAAUCACACAUGUUGUGAAGGGUAGAAAAACGAAGCACCAAGCAGUGCUUUAGUCUGCAAAGGAAAGUUUUUAGCCAUAGGCAUGUUGGCUAGUCGUUCCCCUUGAUGUUGCCAAGGAGCAGAUGUAUGAGUUGGCAAGUCUGUGUCUAUCUAGCUGCUUUUAAAAAAUAAAAGGAACUUUAAGCAUUUUGCCUUUUCUUCUACAUAUCCCAAUAGAAAUGUGACUACAAAUCAUUACAAAACCACUUUUUAGGCAAUGUGUAGUUCACUGAGAUUACUUAGAUCUGGAUACACUGGGAGAUAAUAUCCAGGAAAGAUAAUACAUUAACACAAUAAUGCAGUAUAUUUCAGUAAAAAUAGAAUAAAUAAAAUAAAAAUAUUUUAAGCUGUAUUUAACAGGUUAAUUAAAAA